CAGGUGUGGGGCAGACGCUACCUUGUCCUUCUCUGGUCACCACCACACGACGCUCUGCCUCCCACCACAGUAUACAUACACACUCGUCCACGCCACACAUACACACACACACAUACGUAUACCACCUCCCGAUAAGUAAACACAGUGACUACAAAUUUUACCGAUCUAAAGUGUUAUGUGUGUGAGAUACAGUGUAGAGACGAUUUAACGCAGUAAAUGAGUUAUAUCGCUAAAAAAACCCACACACAAUCAAGGAUAAUCACCAAGCAAGCACGACAUUAGCCAGUUUGAUCAGAGUAAACAAGUGUAUACGGCUUGAACCUGAUUAACCGGCAAGAACAAGGUCUAGAAACGUUUUAUCGGCACAGUAAGUAAGUGAUAUAAACCCUAACCUAACCUAACCAAGCGUAACUCACAGCUAAAAUAAAAGAUUUAUUCUCCCACACGAUAUAAAGAGUCUUAUCCCCAACACCACCACAAAAAAAUAUUAAUUACAGAGAGAAUAAACUGAAAAAAACAUAUACUGUGAAAUAAGAAUUAAGAAGUUAAAAAAUAAGUUAAAAUCAGUUUGCUUCAGAGAGAACGCCGUGUACAGUUAUACCGACACGACACCCAAGAAUAAACAAGGCUAAGCAAGAAAUAAGCAAGCCUAAUCAAGAAUAAACAAACCUCACCAAGAAAAAUAAACAACAUUAAAAAUCUUGCGCCCGUAAUCAAGUUUAAUCAACCGGGGAAAAAAACCCAAUCAAGUUUUAUUUCCCCCUCAAAACCUAAGACUUAAAGCACGACCUUGAAGUGUAAGCGACGAGGAGGAGGAGGACAGUAACUUCUACCUACUACACUAUAUAAGAAAUUGAGCAUAUUAAUCGUGUGUAUGAGUGACGAACGACCCAGUGAGUGACGAACGACCCCUGUGAGUGUAUAAAAGACAACAGAAAAGUAUAGAAGACAAGUGUAAAAAAAAUAUAAGUAUAACAAAAAAGAAAAAAAAACGAAAGAAAUACAAAUUGACCAAAAGAAACUAGUGAGCGUCGUUUAGGGUAUAACAGUACAUUAAAUUGGCUGAGAGAGAGAGAGAGAGAGAGAGAGAGAGAGAGAGAGAGAGAGAGAGAGGUCAUCAACACUCGGAAGACCCACAACAAGUGAAGUCCUGACGCCCCCGGGAGGAAGUGAACUGACUGUGGCUCCUGGCUCGCUGACUGGCUGGUGUGAGGGGGCGACUUAACGCUUCCUUUAAAACAAACGCCUCAGUCUACAGUACGUCAUAUGCUUCCUCAUAAGAUGAUGUGGGCGUGGUGUGUGCUGAUGGGCGGGCUGGUGGGCGUAGGAGCUUUGCCUAUAGUGGACCCUGGGCUGUUCGUGAUUCAAGGCGUCAGCAGCUGUUUCAAAGGUAGUGGUUACUGUUUGUUGGGCAACAACUGUACGGUGGACAUCGACUUCAGAGCUGACAACACUGGCGGUCAUUGUCGCGGCCUCCGAGAUGCCUUCACCCCCAAGAUUGACUUUGUCUGCUGCCAGUACAACCCACUAGGUAAAGCCACCAGCGAGCCGCCCACCACAACCCUCUCCUCCUACACCAUCACCGACGUCUUCUCCCUCAUAGAGCAAGAUAUCAUCAACCAACAACAGGAGGAGCUGGACAUUGAUAACCUCAAACCUGAGAACUUAAUCGACAUUGUGGGUGUGGUAACUGACUUCACGGGUAUCAUCGACCUGGUGACACGCCCCUGGACCGGCACAAUACCUACCAGAGCCUCCACGCCUACCACCACGCCCCUUCCACCGCCCACUACUCCUUCACCUCCCCCUUCCCCGGCCACCCCAACAGACCCUCAGCUGAUCUUACUAAGUGAAGAGGACUCAGAGAUUGAUCAGCCAGAGGAGACCACGGAGAGUUACCACGAGAUCCCAACUACCAUAAAGCAGUCAUCUGUGGCUGAAGGAAACGACCAGUCGUCUACUGAGGCCAACGUCCUCACCACCACCAAAACUCAGGCCAUCGAUGACACCACUACAACAUCUAGUCUGGACCUCACCUCCACCCAGACGACAAUACGACGUCCACCACCACCACCACCACCAUCUUCUACCCUCAUCAACUCGGACAACAUGAACGUAAUCUUCCUCCCUCAUUUAUCCUUCCAGAAGAAACCUUCCACAGGAGAGAAGCAACCUCCUGAAGGCCAAGAGAAGGUUACAGACACCCAAGUUAUCGACGGUUCGGACAACACAGACGCCAUCGUCUUCCCUGACGAGUCCCCCGCGAAGAACCCUCCUUCAACAGUAGAAACUCAGGCCCUGGAGGAGGUCACGGAGACGCAAGUUAUCAACGGUUUGGACAACUCAGACGCCAUCGUCUUCCCUGACGAGUCCCCCGCGAAGAACCCUCCUUCAACAGUAGAAACUCAGGCCCUGGAGGAGAUCACGGAGACGCAAGUUAUCAACGGUUUGGACAACUCAGACGUCACCGUCUUCCCUGACGAGUCCCCCGCGAAGAACCCUCCUUCAACAGUAGAAACUCAGGCCCUGGAGGAGGUCACGGAGACGCUGGUGCUCACUGAAGAAGGUGGUGAGACCAUCCCAGUGACAGAGCUGGAGUCCAACAGCGUGCAAGACACUCAAGAACCAGAAGUUUCGACGACGACUACGACAGAGGGAUCAACUGUAGAACAAGUCACUGACCAGAGUGUGGGGGAGACGGUGCCUAGUCAAGGGGUUAUAGUUGUUGGAGAGCUUCCCGAGGUGACACAAUUGAAUGGGGAGAUUCCUGAGGUGACACAAGUGAAUGGGGAGACUCCCGAGGUGACACAAGUGAAUGGGGAGAUUCCCGAGGUGACACAAGUGAAUGGGGAGACUCCCGAGGUGACACAAGUGAAUGGGGAGAUUCCCGAGGUGACACAAGUGAAUGGGGAGAUUCCCGAGGUGACACAAGUGAAUGGGGAGAUUCCCGAGGUGACACAAGUGAAUGGGGAGAUUCCCGAGGUGACACACGUGAAUGGGGAGAUUCCCGGGGUGACACACGUGAAUGGGGAGAUUCCCGGGACUGUAGGAACAGGCGAGGAAGAGUCUGGGGUAGUAGGACCAGGUGGAGAGAUCCCUGGAGUGGAAGGAGCAGGUGGGAAUGUAACUGAGGUGGCAGGAUCAAAUGGAGAGGCCCCUGGAGUGGUAGGAACAAAUGGACAAGAGUCUGGAGUGAUAGGAGUGGGAGGGGAAGACCCUGGAAUGGGUGAAGACUUCCCAGGCGGAGAAGAACCAACAGACUACGACUACUACAGUAACUACCCCGAUCAACUGCUCCUUCAGCCCGUCAACCAGAACAUCUGUGGCUUCAAGGGACUAAAGAACUACAUACCAGACCCGUCGAGCAGCAGGAUCCUGGGAGGUCUGGUGGCGUCAACGGUCGAGUGGUGUUGGGUGGCGGCCAUCAUGGAACGUCGACAGGGUGGGAACAAGUACGUGUGUUCGGGGGCGCUCGUCGAGUCUAACCUGGUCGUGUCCACAGCCACCUGUCUUAGGAGGCUAAACCCACGCAACCUCUCCCGCUAUGUGGUGGUGCUGGGGGACAGUAACCUGCAGGAGGACCUGCCCUACGGCCUACAGUUCCACUCCCUGGCUGAGGUGGUCACCCACCCUGACUACUUCACCUCCGGAGGAGCCCACGCUAAUGAUAUUGGUGUGAUAAGGCUGGUGGACCACGCCACACUGAGCCACAACGUGUGUCUGGUGUGUAUGGCCCAACAGGACGCUAUCUUCCCCGCCCAGACCUGCAUAGUGACUGGCUACGGCAUCGGCCACGUCCCAUACAACAUGAUCACAGACGUGAAAGACGUGGUGCCAUCUGACGGUGUGCUGAGGCAGUUGUCGGUGCCGCUGCUGAAGAAGGGAGAAUGUCGCGCUGCACUACAGAACGUGACGGGGUCGACCAUCUUGGCGUCCUCAGACUCCUUCCUCUGUGCUGGCGGGCUGGACCACGCUUCCGCCUGCUACAGCACGAUGGACGGAGGCUCACCACUAGCAUGUGAGGUUGGUGGACGGUGGUUCGUGGCUGGUCUAGUGUCGUGGUCCAAGGACUGUACCGUCCCGGGAACACCCAACGUGUACACGAGAAUGACGUCCUUCACCAGCUGGCUCCAGGCGACCUACCUCAGGAUGCUGGGCUUCCUCACCCAAAACGUGUACUCCAACAAGCAGCGAUGGAUGCACCAACACGUCCACGAUGUUAAUAAGGAGUUCGCCUGAAGUUCUACCUCUUGAGGACACUUCUGCUUUAAUUAACACCUAUUUAUUGAGAGAUGAUUUAGCUUUAAGUCCUUGAGGUCCUUUUGUUUGGAAUCGUUUUGCUUGAGGUCCUAUGUUGGAGGAUAAUUCUAUUUGGAGUCCUUUUGCUUUAAGAUCCUUUUGCUUAAUGAUAAUUUUGUGAUAUAAUUCCUUUUAAGUAAUUUAGCUUAAAAGAUUAUUUGGCCUGAGGAUCUUUCUCUACUUUCCUGUAUGAAUCCACAGAGCCUACAGGGCAUUGUGGGAACACUAUUUAAGACAACAGCAAUAAGUAAAACCAACGACAUUCAGUAUACGAUGCAAAAUGCCCCCCCCCCCUAAUCCAGCUCACAUCAACAACCAUGUCAACCCAAAUUUUGAUAUUUUGGGGGAGGGGGGGCGGGGAGGUGACGUUUGGAUCCCCCCCCUCCCCCCAAGCCAACAAAUGAUUACGAAUUCCAAAUACUUCGUUAAUCACUAUGGGGGCACUAACGAAUAACAAUGUGUGUACUUCGAUUCACGUCAUUUCAGAAACCACGCUUUUGUAAAUUUAUGGUAACGUAGCCUUUGACCUCUAUAAGAGCUAACAACAGAGGGUAAAGAUUCUAAACAAGUCUACAUCAGAUUUUAGAAUUUAUCAAUACAUCUCCACCAGAUUUUAGAAUUUAUCACUUUUUUCUACAAAUUCGUGCUAAAAUCGGUUAACAUAUACAGGGAUGAUACAAAAAAAAAACAUAAUUUAACUCAUGAUAUUCUUAACUCUACAAAAUUAAAAAAUAUCAUAAAUUACUAAUGUAUGUACCCGCUUGAGAACUGUUACAUGGCACAGUCCCAUUCACUAGUUGUGUUUACAGAGGCUCGUCAGGUUUUGUGCAGUGUGGCAGCCCUGUGUUUGUUUACAUUCGACAGAAGGAAACUCUCGAUAGUAAACUCACCAUAGAAUCAAAUUAAAACAACAUUAAAACAAAUACCUCAAUGAUAAUGAUUUGUGGGAGGUUUACAUGAAGAGCCCCUGUAAACGCACAGGUGAAGUGGACUGUGUUCUUUGUACUGAGAUGAUCCUAGAGUUUAUAAAGGUAUGAUAAGAGAUGAAUUUUAAUUGGGUCUGAUUUGUUUAUUCUUUGUCACUUGCAUAUUAACAACAAAAAGAGAAAUUCGAAUGCUAUGAUAAUUAACCUAAUGACUUAUUUUACCUGAUUUUGAUUUUAACUUAACCUAAUCUAACCUAACCUA